UAAUGUAAAAAUUUUCCAAAUAAGGAAAUGAAGCAAGUAUUUAAAAACGACCGAAAAUAGAAAGUGGAGCAAGUAUUAAAAGCGGAGGGAGUAUUAACUAAUUUGAAUACGAAGUACAUAAGAUUUGACAAAAAAAAAUAAAAAUAAAAACAUGUUACAUACCGACAAGAAAAAAAUGUUUUAUAGUGGGGGGAAUUUUAUUACAGAAGGCAAGAUUAUGAAGAAAAUCCACUUACUAGAUUUAAACACCAAGAAUAUGAAUCAUUCUUUUCUGAGUUCACAAGACUAUUGCUUACAAGCUUUACUGUCCACAAACUCCUUUGGUCCCUAAAACAAUGUUCUAUCUAUUUUUUUAAAGUUAUUUCCAAAUUUUAUCAAUGAUAAAUUAAUUAUUAAUGAGUGUGAUAUCUUGGAUUUUAAUGCUUGAUUCCUUCCUUACUUAUUCGCUUAUUUUUUUUUUUCUUUUCCAUAUGUCUAGGAAUCAUUAUCUGCUGAUUUUUAAGGUUGGGCAACCAGGCAUUUCUUGCUCAUUCAUCUGCUCAUAAUUUGAGGGUUUAGGCAUUGUAUGUUAUGAUUGAUUACUCAUUCAGUCGAAAAUUGAAAGAAAGCCAGUGUUUUUAAUCAUGGGUGUCCUCCUUAGUCGAAGGCUUGGACAUGUAUCUUGGAUGGGAGCUAUAUUAGUGAUUAUCCUUUAUUUGGAAGUGGAACCCAGUUGGGGAAAAGGUGUGGCCGAUAAUUCUAGUGUAACAUCUUCUAUUUCGAGGCCAAAAUCUGUGAACAUUGGUGCUCUUUUCACUUUCAAUUCGGUUAUUGGAAGAGCAGUGAAGCCAGCAAUGGCUGCGACAGUUGAUGAUAUCAAUUCCAAUUCCAGCAUUUUACAUGGAACAACAAUAAACCUUAUAUUUAGUGAUACUAAUUGCAGUGGUUUCUUGGGAACUAUGGAAGCUAUACAGCUAAUGGAGAAAGAUGUGGCUAUUGCAAUUGGUCCUCAAUCUUCUGGCAUUGCUCAUGUCAUUUCCAAUGUUGUGAAUGAGCUACAUGUGCCUUUACUGUCUCUUGCAACAGAUCCUACUCUCUCUUCACUACAGUACCCAUAUUUUCUUCGUGCAAUACAGAGUGAUUAUUUUCAGAUGUAUGCUAUCGCUGACCUAAUUGUGUAUUAUGGAUGGACGGAGGUAAUUGCUAUAUUUGUGGGAGACUAUGGCAGAAAUGGGAUUUCUGCAUUGGGUGAUGCUCUUGCAAAAAAGCGUGCUAAGAUUUCAUACAAGGCUGCGUUCCCUCCAGAUGCUUCAAAAAAUGUUAUCAACGAUUUGUUAGUUGAAGUCAAUUUGAUGGAAUCUCGAAUUAUUAUUGUCCAUGUAAACCCUGAUUCUGGGCUGACUGUAUUUUCUGUUGCAAAGUCUCUUGGGAUGAUAAGCGAUGGCUAUGUUUGGAUUGCUACGGAUUGGCUUUCUUCAGUUCUUGACUCAGAACCUGUAGAUCCUAGUACCAUGGAUCUACUACAAGGAGUGUUGGCUCUCCGCCAUCACAUUGCAGAGUCUGACCAGAAACAUGCUUUUAUGUCAAGAUGGAAGGGCUUGAAAAAUGUAGGAAAUUCAAGCAUUAAUUCUUAUGCUUUCUAUGCUUAUGAUUCUGUUUGGUUAGCUGCCUAUGCUCUUGAUUCAUUUCUCAACCUGGCUGGCAACAUAUCAUUCUCUAGUGACCUCAUGAUUAAUGGAAGUUCACUCAACUUAUCAAAUCUUCGUAUUUUCCAAGGAGGCCAGCAAUUGCUUCAAAGACUGCUUGGAACGAAAUUCACGGGCUUGUCAGGAGUUAUUCAAUUUGAUUCAGAAAGGAACCUAAUUCUUCCUGCAGUGGACAUACUGAAUAUUGUUGGAACUGGAUCUAAUAAGAUUGGGUAUUGGUCUAAUUAUUCUGGCCUUUCAGUUGUUACUCCAGAAACCUUGUAUCUGAAGCCUCCUAACAAAUCCUCUAGUAGCCAGCACCUUAGUAGUGUUAUAUGGCCAGGUCAAGUCACCAAAAUUCCUCGAGGAUGGGUAUUUCCUAAUAAUGGUAAACCUCUGCAGAUUGUGGUACCCAAUCGUGUUGGUUAUAAAGCAUUUGUCUCUUCAGACAAGGAUCCUCCAGGAGUUCAGGGAUAUUGUAUUGAUGUCUUUGAAGCAGCCCUGAAACUGCUUCCUUAUCCUGUUCCGCACAACUAUGUGUUGUAUGGUGACGGUAUUAAAAAUCCAGAUUUCAACAAUCUUGUCUAUGACGUUGCUAAUAAUAAAUUUGAUGCAGCUGUUGGUGAUAUAACUAUUAUCACAAAUAGAACAAGGAUAGUGGACUUCACACAGCCAUAUAUGGAAUCAAGACUAGUUGUAGUUGCUCCUGUAAGAAAGGUCAAGUCAAGUGCCUGGGCUUUUCUCAAACCCUUUACUGUGGAGAUGUGGAUCAUUACCGGGUCAUUCUUUUUACUUGUUGGAGCUGCUGUUUGGAUUCUGGAGCAUCGGAUCAAUAGUGAAUUUCGUGGUCCACCUAGUCAGCAACUUAUUACAAUAGUCUGGUUCAGCUUUUCAACAAUGUUUUUCUCACACCGAGAAAAUACCCUCAGCACCUUGGGACGAUUUGUGCUUAUUAUAUGGCUCUUUGUGGUUUUGAUUAUCAAUUCUAGCUAUACAGCUAGUUUGACUUCUAUCCUCACAGUGCAGCAACUAUCAUCAAGAAUUGAAGGAAUUGACAGCUUAAAAUCAAGUAAUGAUCCUAUUGGGAUUCAGGAUGGCUCAUUUGCUCGUGAUUAUCUUAUUAGAGAGCUAAAUAUAGCUGAGUCUCGGAUCAUAAGCCUCAAGAAUCAAGAAGCAUAUGCUCAUGCCCUUAAUCGCGGGCCGAAAAAUGGCGGAGUAGCUGCCAUUGUCGACGAGCUUCCUUAUAUUGAGGUCUUCUUGUCCUACAGUAACUGCAAUGCAGUUGGACAAGAAUUUACAAAAAGCGGCUGGGGAUUUGCCUUUCAGCGGGACUCUCCUCUUGCAGUUGACAUGUCCACAGCUAUACUUCAACUCUCUGAGAAUGGUGAACUCCAAAGAAUCCAUGACAAAUGGUUGACACACAGUACUUGCUCAAGUCUAUCAAAUCAAGCUGAUGAUAGUCGGCUCUCCCUGAGUAGUUUUUGGGGGCUUUUCUUGAUUUGCGGCAUUGCGUGCUUUGUGGCACUUGGUAUUUUCUUUUGCAGAGUGUGUUAUCAAUACAGCAGGUAUGCUCCUGAAGUAGUUAGUCAAGAUGAAAUAGAGCCACCUGAACCAGUCAGGACUAGACGUCUGAGCUCGGCCAACUUUAAGGACUUGAUUGGUUUUAUUGAUAGAAAAGAAGCUGAGAUCAAGGAAUUUUUUAAAAGGAAGAAUAGUAUUGAGGGAAACCAGUCACACGCUAGUCGGAGCUAUAGUUUAGACAGGGAAUCCUCUUCACCUUAAGCAAUCGUUUCCUAGGUUCAGUCACAUUGCUGCAUUUUACUAGCUUCAAAUGGACUGUACUGCUGCUAUCUUACAUUGACUUUCGAUGUAACAGAACAGGUGACAUUCCUAUGUAUGGGAUCAUCUAAAGUCCUUCAGUCAAAAGAGAAAUGGGAGAGGUGUAGAAUGAUUACUUGUAUAUGCAUAGAAACAAUUUCUUACAUACACGCGGAUGUACUUACAAACACUCCAUAACCAAAAAUGCAAUUGUUUAUAACUGAAUUACACAAUAUAACCUAGAGUGAGUCUUGGGGAGAAGAUAAUUUUAAUAGAACUUUUAUUAUGAGUUAAAUGUAUUUUGGUUUGCAUUGAGAAUUAGUUGUUUAACAAUAAUGAAAAAGACUAGAUUUAAGUUCGUGUGA